CCCGCCCGGCCCGCGGGCAGCCGCUGCGUGUCCCGCUCGACGCUCCGAGCCCCCGCGGCCGCCCCCACCGCCUCGAUGUUCCAGCUGCCCAUCCUGAAUUUCAGCCCCCAGCAAGUGGCCGGGGUCUGCGAGACCCUGGAGGAGAGCGGCGACGUGGAGCGGCUGGGUCGCUUCCUCUGGUCUCUGCCCGUGGCCCCUGCGGCCUGCGAGGCGCUCAACAAGAAUGAAUCGGUGCUGCGCGCGCGAGCCAUCGUGGCCUUCCACGGCGGCAACUACCGCGAGCUCUACCACAUCCUGGAGAACCACAAGUUCACCAAGGAGUCGCACGCCAAGCUUCAGGCGCUGUGGCUCGAGGCGCACUACCAGGAGGCGGAGAAGCUGCGGGGGAGGCCCCUGGGGCCCGUGGACAAGUACCGCGUGAGGAAGAAGUUCCCGCUGCCGCGCACCAUUUGGGACGGCGAGCAGAAGACCCACUGCUUCAAGGAGCGCACGCGGCACCUGCUGCGCGAAUGGUACCUGCAGGACCCCUACCCCAACCCCAGCAAAAAACGUGAGCUGGCCCAGGCAACCGGACUGACCCCGACGCAGGUGGGCAACUGGUUCAAAAACCGCCGACAAAGGGACCGGGCGGCUGCAGCCAAGAACAGACUCCAGCAGCAGGUUCUGUCGCAAGGCUCCGGGAGGGUACUGCGGGCCGAGGAAGAAGGCACACCCGAGGUGCUGGGCGCCGCCAGCCCAGCCGCCAGCCUAUCCAGCAAGGCAGCCACUUCGGCCAUCUCCAUCACGUCCAGCGACAGCGAGUGCGAUAUCUGA